GCCCUUACCUCAUGGUAUUCGAUCGGAUUUAGAAGAUAUCUGUUUAUUUACGAAGGACGAACCCAAUUCAACUCCUGAAAAGACAGAACAGUUCUAUAGAAAGCUUUUAAACAAGCAUGGAAUUAAAACCAUUUCUCAGAUUAUCCCCUUCCAAACUCUAAAGAAGGAAUAUAAACCCUUUGAAGCCAAGCUCCGCCUUCUGAGCACUUUUGACUUCUUCCUUACUGAUGCCAGAAUUAGGCGGCUCUUACCCUCACUCAUUGGGAGACAUUUCUAUCAAAGAAAGAAAGUUCCAGUAUCUGUAAACCUUCUGUCCAAGAAUUUAUCAAGAGAGAUCAAUGACUGUAUAGGUGGAACAGUCUUAAACAUUUCUAAAAGUGGUUCUUGCAGUGCUAUACGCGUUGGUCAUGUUGGAAUGCAGAUUGAGCACAUCAUUGAAAACAUUGUUGCUGUCACCAAAGGACUUUCAGAAAAAUUGCCAGAGAAGUGGGAGAGCGUGAAACUCCUGUUUGUGAAAACUGAGAAAUCGGCUGCUCUUCCCAUCUUUUCCUCGUUCGUCAGCAAUUGGGAUGAAGCCACCAAAAAAUCUAUGCUUAAUAAGAAGAAAAAAGAGGCAAGGAAAAAACGAAGAGAAAGAAAUCAUGAAAAACAAAAGGAGAGGAACAAAAUCAGAAAGAAGAAACAGGCUAGCAAGGCUGCAUCAGUCCUUAGUAAAGACACCGUGACACCUGAAGGUGGUGACGCUACAGUGGAGAAACCUGAAUUGAAGAAGGAGCAGACCCCAGGACAUGGGAAGAAAAAGCGUGGCAAAGGAAAAGCUCAAGUUCAAGUGGCAAAUGACUCCGAAGAUGAAAUUCCGCAGCUGGUACCAAUAGGAAAGACUCCAGCUAAGGAGAAUGUAGAGAUUCAAAAACAUGCCACAGGAAAGAAGUCUCCAAAAAAGAGCCCUAUUCCCAGCACACCUCGUGGGAAGAAAAGAAAGGCCUUGCCAGCAUCUGAGACCCCAAAAGCUGCAGAAUCUGAGACCCCAGGGAAAGGCCCACAGAAGAAGCCAAAAAUCAAAGAAGAGGCAGUGAAGGAAAAAAAUCCUUCGCUGGGGAAAAAAGAUGUGAGACAGACUCCUAAAAAGCCAGAGGCCAAGUUCUUCACCACUCCUAGUAAAUCUGCAAGAAAAACUUCCCACACCCCCAAAAAACGGCCCAAAAAAACCAAAGUACCCCUGUCAACCUAAAGUCAGAUUCAACCAGAAGGGAACCUCAGAGCUUAUUAGAAACACUCAAGUCCUGACCCCAUUGGCAUCCUUCUCCUAGUGUCAGGCCUAGACUUAAAGAUUUUUUAAAAACUUCCAUAGGUAAUUCUGACGUUAUGUUCCUGGGUAUAGUAAUCUAUUUUUAAAUUGUCCUUCUGUGUGUUUGCUAACAUAAUAGAAGAAAUAUAGAGUGCUUCUCCAUGGUUGUUCAGCACUUUGGGAAGACAAGUUGGGAGUAUUAUUUGAGCCCAGGAGUUUCAGACCAACCUGGGCAAUAUGUGAAAUUCCAUUUCUACAAAAGGAAAAAAGAUGGUGGCAUGUACCUGUGCUACUCAGGAGGCUGAGGUGUAAAGAUCAAGGUGAGCACAAGAAGUCAAGGCUGCAGUGAGCCAUGAUCACACCACUGUGCUCCAGCCUGGGUGACAGUGUGAGACUUGUCUCAGAAAAAAAAAAUAAAGUUUAACAUUGCUUUGCUUCUGAGUAUA